AUGAAAGACAACAAAGAGGUUUACCACAUGGAGGAAAGCAGGAGGUAUGCAUCCAGGAGUCGCGAAAGGAUGAAUGUAGGAGGGAGAUACCAUCACAAGAAUGAACAUAACCAUGGCGGUUAUAGGAAGUCUUCCAUAGAUAAUUACCACAAAAGAAAUGAAGCAUCUAAUGUAGAGAGGGGUCGCAAUUAUUCGAGGGACAGGAGAGAUUACCACCAACAUGUGCAGCGCCCUCACCACCGCGAAAACGGGCAUGAUGCCAAUAGGGGCCACAGCCGCAGCCGCACACGAACACGAACACGCAGUCGUAGUCCACAUCAUCAUAAGUUGGCAAGAGACAAAUAUUACAAUAAAUCUCCCAAAAGGAAUCUUUCGAAGGAGAGAAAUAGAAACGGUGCGGUGUAUGAUGAUCGAAAUGGAGAUCGAAAUGGAGAUCGAAAGCGCGUUGAUAAGUACAAGUACGAGAAUGAACGUAGUAGCAAGUGGGACGGCAAAAACGGAGACCACUACGUGCAUGAUCGUCCAACAUAUGAUCGCCCCAUAUAUGAUCGCCCCAUAUAUGAUCGUCUUCCACAUGAACGCUAUGCGAAUGAUCGCCCCCCACACGAACGUUACCCACAUGAUCGCCCACCAUAUGAACGCCCCCCACAUGAACGCUAUGCGCAUGAUCGUCCAACAUAUGAUCGCCCCCCGUACGAGCGUCCCCCACACCACCACCACCCAGGUGGGCCAUACAGCAACAAUACGUACGAGCAUCGAGAGGGUCGUGAUGAAAGAAUGAAUAUGAGGAGAUAUUCGCCUGGUGGAGAGAGACAAAGAUACAUAUACGAUAAUGAAUCCAACCGAAUGGGAAAGAAUAUUGGAAUGAUGAGAAGAGAGAGACCAAGAGAGAUGAGGAAUUAUUUUUAUAAAAAAGCAGACCCAUGUAAAAUUUUCGUAGGAAAUAUAUCUCCCGAAGCCAGAGAAGAAGAUGUAAGGAGGAAAUUUCUAAAAUAUGGAGAUAUUGUAAAUAUGCAAUGGAAAACGAGGUUUGCAUUUAUAGAGUAUGAGAAAACAUCCCAUGCUGAGAUUGCCAUAAAGGAAGAGAACGGACAAUUAUUUUUUGGAGAAGAAUUAAAUGUACAACCACAUCAUGCAGGUAACUAUUUUAACAAUCGAAAUGACAAUAGAAAUUAUUAUCCCCCCACAUACGGAAGGAACUAUUCCCCUAAUAGAAAUGAAAUCAGAGAGAAGAAAAAUGCCUUAAGAAUUGUAAUAAGAAAUGUGGAUGAAAAAGCUAGCUGGCAGGAUCUAAAGGACUUUGGAAGGGAUAUAGGAUCCGUAAAUUAUGCUAAUAUUUUUCAAGACGAAAAUAAAGAAAGGUUUGGUAUUAUAGAAUACUACAAUUACGAGAAUGUAAAAAAAGCAGUGGAAGUGUUAAACGGUCGAAAAUUUAACGGUAUUACUGUGGAGGUGAUGAAAUUUUGUGAUUCUCCACUGAACCUGAAAUUCAGAAAUGGGGGUGAAGAUAAGAAGGAUGGCAAUUCUUAUCACCACUAUUCUGGUGAUAAGGAUAGGAUAUACCAUCGAGAUGGAUACGAUGCAGAGAGGGAUGGCUACAGGAGAGAUCGUUUCUUUGAAAGACCACAUGAUAGGGAUGAUCGACGUGAUGAGGGACAUGAUAGGAAUAAAUUUGGGAGAGACGAAAAGGAGGACGAACAACAUGAUAAAUCCGAUAGAGACCAUCGAAGGGGAAGCAUGAACAGUGAUAGGAGAAGGGACGAUUCACAAGAUAAAGAAAGAGCAGAUGGAGUGGGUGGUGGAAAUAGAGAAGGCAGAGAAGAUGGUAACGAUAUGGAGAGACAGAGUCAAUUAAGUGGGAGAAGAGGGAAUAGCAAAGAUAAGGAGGAUAAUUUUGGGGAGGCGGAUAGAUUGUCAAGGAAAAGCGGUAGUAGUGCCCGCAGCGGCAACAACAUGAAAGACAAAUAUAAUAGCGGAGGAAGGGGGGCAACGGAUGGUAUGAAACAAGGAAGGAACAAGAGAAAUGACAGAAGCCAAAGUGCAGAUAAUGUAGGAGAGGACCAACGAACUUCUAUGAAAGGAAAAGACAAGGAAGAUGAGUAUUCUGUGGAUAAGGAAAGAGAAGAGGCAAUUAAAAACGACAGAGAGCUGAGCACUCGAGGAGACGACGAAGAUGAAAAUAUGUACAGGAGCGAUGAGGAAGGAAGUGUUCUCGGUUCUACCAAUGUGAGAGAUAAAAUCGAACAAAAUGCAGAUGGUGAUUUGAAGGACGGGCAGGCAGAGCGUUAUGAUAGAAGCCGAAGCAGGAGCAGAAGUGUGAGCGUAAAGGCAAAGUAUCAGUCGCGUAAGAGAAACACGAAAGGAAGACGAAAGGGUAGAAGGGGAUCUGAAGAUUCUUCGUCGAGGAGAGACCUACAAGAUAGUUAUUACGACAACAAUUCGAACAACGAAAAAUGGGCAACUUCGAAGAAGGUAUGUGUGGACAAGGCAAAUUCUACGGAGAGUGGUUCGUAA